UAAGCCUUUGCUCACAUCCGAGUACCAAGUAUUUCACUUUAACAAAGAACAGUCGACAUGGUGAAAUUCGCAACUGCUUUGUGCCUGCUAGUCGCCGUUUCCGGUAUCAAAGGCUCAAAUGAAACCACUUCAGCUGUUUCAGCGAUCACUUCGGAGUUGACAAAUUAUAACAGCACCGCUAAUCAAACAAUUGUAACGAUGAAAGUUUAUAUAGUUAACAUGGAAACGAUUGCUGAAAACGCUGUGAAAAAACUAAACAGCUCCAUGGCAGCAGCUAUCACAAAGUCUAAGGCGCAGUGGGAGGAGUUAGUGAACAGUACUACUAUCGAUAUGAGCUCAUGUGAAGUCUUAUUAUUUGAUGAGUACUCAGAGGCCGCAGCUGAAAUUUCAGCCAAUACAACCGCCUGCAUCGAUUCUUUAACGGCGGAGACAAAUGCCAGCUUCAACAUCGUCUCUGCUGAUUUUGAAACAUGCCGCACCUCUUUGCUCAGUCUACAAAAAGAUGCUUCUGAUUGCAGCUCCUACAAUGAGUCAGCUGCCCAUACAUGUUUAGAAUCAGUCGGAGAGACGACGGACGAUUCGGCCUGUACAAACAUUACGACAAAUCUGAAGGCAUUUACUGAGAAAUACCAAACCUUUUCGGACUCGGUGUCAGACUGCGUUAACUCGAACGCUGUCACAAGUUUCAAUGCCACCUUGAAGGAGGAUUUGGACGCAGCAGUCGAAUGUGCAUUGAAACUGCUUGGAACGGCGUCAUAAUUUGAGUUUUGAAGAUAUUCACGUCCGACUUAUAUGUUAUCCCUACUUAAGUUGGCUAAUAAAACUCAGCUGUAUUGAAA